CAUUGUCAAUGGUCAUUGAAGUCAUUGUCAAAUAAACGUCAAAAAAGUAAAUAAUUAGCAAUGGCGCGUCAAAACAAUAAAAAUGUUUUUUAAAUGUUUACAAUGAAUUACAGUAAAGAAACGCAAUAAUUUUAGGCCGCGAACGUCAGGGCUACAAUCAUGUUCGAAGUCAGAUGAUAAAAAUAAUUUUUUAUGGAAAAUAUGAUGGAAUGUUUAAACGAAUUGUUGAUGCAUGCUAUCAUUCAGAAUGAUUUAAAAUGCCUCAAGUGUUACUUAAAGAGAGGUGUAAACAUAAACAAAAUCUGUUCAACUGGAAUGACCCUCUUGGGAGUUGCAGCUGAGACAGGGAAUCUCUCAAUAGUCAAAACACUGAUUGACUAUUCCAAUUGCUCCAGUAUUGAUUUCAGUAUAAAAAGUGAGAUAAGCACAAAAUCAAACCUUUUACUAGAUUUAAAUAACCCAGAACCAAAGUACAAAAACAUUGGCUAUUUUGUUGUACGGAAAGAUGUUGAAGAACCCGAUUUUGGGGAAGGUCCCACCCCUGAGGGCAUGGAAGCCCUGGAAUGGGACAUGGAAGUUAACACCGAAUCCACAGAACCUGAAAAAGAAGAACCCCAAGAAAUGAACAUCUACCAAUGGUACGCUAACAUCCUAAAUCAGAGUUCUUUAGUUCUGAAAUCACCAGAUAACGACAUUGCGCGACUUGAUAGUCACGGUAAAAAUGUCUUACAUUACGCUGUGCGAUCGGGUAACAUGGAACUGGUCAGAUACCUAGUUGAAACAUUUAAUGAAAUCAGCAUAAAUCAAAGCGACGCCGCCUCAGUGAGCCCCCUACACAUUGCAGUCUUCAAAUGUCAUCUUCCCUUGGUUCGCUACUUGGUCGACAAGGGGGCCAACGUGAACUGCGCUUGUCGCGAACGCCAGACACCCCUGCAUGUGGCCGCCCAGCAUGGAUACAUUGAAAUCAUGCAAGUUUUGAUAGAGAACGAGGCUGAUAUCAACGUUUUUGAUAUGAAAGAGCGUUCGCCUCUAUCUCUAGCUGUGUUGGGCUCUAGGGAAGCUGCAGUGGAAUUGUUGAUAAAAAACGGGGCCAGACUUAAUCAGGAGGAUGCGGCGGGAUACACGCCCUUGAGAAGAGCAGUUUGGAAUGAUUCCACACCAAUCGCGAUGAUGUUACUGAACGCAGGAGCGAGAGUUGUGCAGUCACAUUACUUACUGCAUGCCGCCGCAAGAAGUAAUAAUCCGGAGAUGGUCAAGGCAUUGCAUGAAGCAGGGGCGCUUUUGAAUAUAAGGGAUGAUCAAGGGAAUACGCCGUUGAUGGUGGCGUGCUCGAGGAAGAACUUGACAGUGGCGAGAUAUCUACUCAAAAAUGGUGCCAACGUGAAUGCCGUAAACAACAUCAACGGCAUGACGGCUCUCCACAUUUGCGUACAAGACAUCCGCGAAAAGCGAAGUUUGGAGCAUUUAAUCGACCUUUUGGUUUCCUACGGCGCCGACAUGAACGCAACAAGCUACCAGGGAAGUGUCCUCUUCUACUCCAUUAUUUUAGAAAAUCUCCAUGGGGCCGAUGCGUUAGUUCGGCACGGAGUUGAUGUCAAUUUACGCGACGAACGAGCUUAUUUCGAUAAUUUAAGUCUUGCGAAAAGACACGGAAAUCUCGAAUUGGUCAAGUUGAUAGUUUACGCCGGCUUUCGUUUAUCGAAUAUGGCCUUUGAAUUGAAUUCGUUACGGAAUCAACCUGACGAUCCCGUACACGAUUUUUUGGUUUACGUGAAAAGCACACCCUUACAACUCAAGGAAAUAUGCAGGAUUAAAAUAAGAGGGUGUCUCGGGCGACAUCUUCUGAGUAAAAUCACCAAGUUGCCGUUGCCGGUGUGGUUGCAACGAUACUUGGCUUUAGAAAUAUUGUGAAAUGAUCUCUGUAUUAAUGUAACAAGUGUGUAGCUUCAGUAUUCAAAUCUAGUAGAUUUUCACGAGAGGACCAUUGUGUGUUGCCGUUGAUAGAAAGAAGUAGUGUUCUUAAAUAUAUGCUGAGAGGUUUAAAAGUGGGCUGGAGAAACCUGUUUCAGUUGACACAACAUCAAGUUUUGGCAAUUAUUAUGAAAAAAAAAUCUUCAAUUCUGUUGCCAACUCAAACGUUGCUUCUUGAUAAAACACAAAGAUUGUUGCACCCAUUUCUAAACCAUAUGUGUACUUAGAUCACCCCAGCAUUCCCUCCUUUACCCGAUUAUAGUCACUAGUCAGUUUAAUAUAUAUUUUGUUCUUAUAAAAAAUAGAUAUACAAUUUAUUAAUUUUGUGAUAUUGUUGUAGUGAUUAGGAUGAAUAAAUUUUUGUAUUAAA